AUGUCAUCAACCACACCGGAUAUCUCUUCUAUACCAGUUCAGCUGACAAUAAAUUCUUUUACUUGUCGAAUUGUGUCAGAUGAUGGUAAUGAUUCAAUGAAUGAAGCUUUAGAUGCCACUAAUGGUAACACAGAUAAAACACCAGUCAUUGAUGCCAAUGAUAGAGAAUGUGAUAAUGCUGACCCUGAAGAGUGUGAAGAAAAAGAGGAAGGUUUUAACAUGAUGCAAAAACGUGGGAUGCCUGAAUGGGAAAAGGUAUCACGUAAUACUAUUAAAAAGGAUUGCAUGCAAGUUUAUGAAGCAGAAAAGAAGAAAUUAAAGGCAUUGCUGAAGACUGUCAGUAAGAUUAGUUUGACAACAGAUUUAUGGAAAUCAAGUAAUCAAAAGAUUGAGUACAUGGUUCUUACAGCACACUUUGUAGAUUCUAAUUGGAGAUUGCAAAAGCAUGUUAUUAGCUUUGUUCAUAUACCUCAUCAUCGUCGUAGUGUUGAGAUUACUGAUUGUAUUUUUAAGUGUCUAAAGGAAUGGGGAAUUAAAAACAAGGUGUUUACACUUUCUGUGGACAAUGCUUCAAGCAAUGAUGUGGCGAUUAAAAUUCUUAAAGACACUUUUUCAAGAAAUAAAAUGUUGCUUUGUGGAGGAAAAUUAUUUCAUGUUCGGUGUUGUGCACAUAUCUUAAAUCUCAUGGUUCAAGAUGGCCUUUCUAAGAUUAAGAAUCAGUUACAGUUACCUGAUAGGAAACUCAUUCUCGAUUGUAAAACACGUUGGAAUUCGACAUUCGAGAUGUUGUCGAUUGCAAUCAAAUUCAAAGAAGUGUUUUUGAGACUCAAAGAGCGAGAAUCUCAUUAUGAAUGUUGUCCAAGUCAUGAAGAUUGGAAAAAGGUGAAGAAAGUUUGUGAGAUUUUAGAAGUUUUUAAUUCAACCACUAAAAUCAUCUUUGGAAGUGAUUAUCCAACUUCAAACCUGUUUUUGAAUGAAGUUUAUCGUGUGAAAGUGUUGUUGGAUAAAAGGAUGAAUGAUGAAAAUGAAUUUGUUCAAGCAAUGGUUCGUAAGAUGAAGAGUAAAUUUGAUAAGUAUUGGGGAGAAUGUAAUUUGUUAAUGUCUAUAGCAGCAAUCUUGGAUCCAAGGUGCAAAAUAAGGAUUUAUGAUGAAUAUGCUCGUGAGUAUCAAUUUGGCAAUGAGCAUAGUGCUGAAACUCAAGUGCAUGAUAAUGGUAUUAGUGGUAUGAAUAUAGAAGCUUCUUCUUCUGGUUGGUUUGAAUUUGCAAAUUAUGUAAAAUCAGUUGAAAAUGCUCAACCACAACAAUCUGAUUUAGAUGUCUACCUAGCUGAGGGCUGUUUUAUCUGUGAAGGAGAUUCCACUAAGUUUCAUGCUUUGGAAUGGUGGAAAGCGAGCACUUUAAAGAUCGUAUUUUAUCCAAGAUGGCUCCGGAUAUACUUGCUAUUCCUAUCACUACAGUGGCUUCAAAAGCUACCUUUAGUGCAGGAGUGCAAGCAUUACUUUGUGGAGGAGAUUGGUGUCGGAAUCUUCAUGGAGUGA